GACUCGCUUAUCAGUACCGUUACUACUCUGCUACAGAUUACUCGUGUACUGAUAGUAAUAUUCCAAACAAACAAUUGCUUUUGUUUCUUGUUUUCGUGGAAAAAUUCUCUUUUGGAAAAUAACCAACAAUGCCUUGCUGCAAAGUUUCCGUCAAAAAAUCCAUGGUUUGCUCCAUCAGCGAUUGCAUCUGCAUUCCAACUGAUGGAAAACCCUUCCUCUGCUUGAGCAAGGACGAGAACGGGAAGAUAGUUCCCUGCUUCGACUGCAAGGCCGUUCAAGUGGACGACAACGAAUGGAAGUGUGUUGAUACUUCUUGCAUCUGCCUCCCGACUGACGGGAAGUCUUGUCUGUGCAUUUGCACCGACGAGGAAGAUACCAUCAAGUCCUGUGACGACUGCACUUGCAUCAACGCUGAAGAAUGCAAGAAGGAGUUCAAGAAGUGCAACAAACCUGGGUGCGUUUGUCUUCCAACUGAUGGUAAAGAUACCAUCUGUGUCUGCAAGAAGAAUGGGAAGAUCGUUCUGUGCGAAUGCAAUGGUGCUGGCACGUGUGGCAGCGCCACUUGUGUCUGCGUGUCUACCGAAGGCGCCAAAUGCGUGUGCCUCUGCUGCGACGCAAAAGGCAACAUAAAAGUCUGCAAAGAUUGUACCUGCGAUUCGAAGAAGAAAGACUCCCUGAUUUGCAACAAAGAAGGUUGUGUAUGCAUCAUAACGGAUGGGAAACCUUGCGUCUGUGUAUGCAAGAAUGGUGAGGGAAUGAUUGUGCGAUGUGAUGAUUGUGAGUGUGAUGGUUCUGGCAAGUGUGACAAGCCAGAUUGUGUUUGUAUUCCGACUGAGGGUGAGAAGUGUAUUUGUGUGUGCUGUGAUGAUAAAGGUAAUUUUAGGAUCUGCAAAGAUUGUACUUGCGAAGCUAAGGAGAAGGAAGUCCUGAAGUGCAAUAAGGCUGAGUGUGUUUGCAUCUUGACUGAUGGUAAAUCUUGCAUCUGUGUAUGCAAGAACAGCGAGGGAAAGAUUGUUCGCUGCGAUGACUGCAAGUGUGAUGGUUCUGGCAAGUGUAACAAGCCAGAAUGUGCUUGUCUCCCGACUGAGGGAGCCAAGUGCGUUUGCGUCUGCUGUGAUGAGAAAGGAAACUUUAAGGUGUGCAAGGACUGUACUUGUGAUGUUAAAGAUGCUUCUAUUCCCAAAUGUAGCAAAGCCGAAUGUGUUUGCAUUUUGACGGAUGGCAAGUCUUGUAUCUGCGUAUGCAAGAAUACCGAGGGAAAGAUUGUUCGAUGCGAUGACUGCAAGUGUGAUGGUUCUGGCAAGUGUGACAAGCCAGAAUGUGCUUGCAUCCCGAGUGAGGGAGCCAAGUGCGUGUGUGUUUGUUGUGAUGAGAAAGGCAACUUUAAGAUCUGCAAGGACUGUACUUGCGAUGUCCAGGAGAUGGUCGCUCCUAAAUGCAGCAAAGCUGAUUGCGUUUGCAUCUUGACUGAUGGUAAAUCGUGCAUCUGUGUAUGCAAGAACAGCGAGGGCAAGAUUGUUCGCUGCGAUGACUGCAAGUGUGAUGGUUCUGGCAAGUGUGACAAGCCAGAAUGUGCUUGCAUCCCGAGUGAGGGAGCCAAGUGCGUGUGUGUUUGUUGUGAUGAGAAAGGCAACUUUAAGAUCUGCAAGGACUGUACUUGCGAUGUCCAGGAGAUGGUCGCUCCUAAAUGCAGCAAAGCUGAUUGCGUUUGCAUCUUGACUGAUGGUAAAUCGUGCAUCUGUGUAUGCAAGAACAGCGAGGGCAAGAUUGUUCGCUGCGAUGACUGCAAGUGUGAUGGUUCUGGCAAGUGUGACAAGCCAGAAUGUGCUUGCAUCCCGAGUGAGGGAGCCAAGUGCGUGUGUGUUUGUUGUGAUGAGAAAGGCAACUUUAAGAUCUGCAAGGACUGUACUUGCGAUGUCCAGGAGAUGGUCGCUCCUAAAUGCAGCAAAGCUGAUUGCGUUUGCAUCUUGACUGAUGGUAAAUCGUGCAUCUGUGUAUGCAAGAACAGCGAGGGCAAGAUUGUUCGCUGCGAUGACUGCAAGUGUGAUGAUUCUGGCAAGUGUGACAAGCCAGAAUGUGCUUGCAUCCCGAGUGAGGGAGCCAAGUGCGUGUGUGUCUGUUGUGAUGAGAAAGGCAACUUUAAGAUCUGCAAGGACUGUACUUGCGAUGUCCAGGAGAUGGUCGCUCCUAAAUGCAGCAAAGCUGAUUGCGUUUGCAUCUUGACUGAUGGUAAAUCGUGCAUCUGUGUAUGCAAGAACAGCGAGGGCAAGAUUGUUCGCUGCGAUGACUGCAAGUGUGAUGAUUCUGGCAAGUGUGACAAGCCAGAAUGUGCUUGCAUCCCGAGUGAGGGAGCCAAGUGCGUGUGUGUCUGUUGUGAUGAGAAAGGCAACUUUAAGAUCUGCAAGGACUGUACUUGCGAUGUCCAGGAGAUGGUCGCUCCUAAAUGCAGCAAAGCUGAUUGCGUUUGCAUCUUGACUGAUGGUAAAUCGUGCAUCUGUGUAUGCAAGAACAGCGAGGGCAAGAUUGUUCGCUGCGAUGACUGCAAGUGUGAUGGUUCUGGCAAGUGUGACAAGCCAGAAUGUGCUUGCAUCCCGAGUGAGGGAGCCAAGUGCGUGUGUGUUUGUUGUGAUGAGAAAGGCAACUUUAAGAUCUGCAAGGACUGUACUUGCGAUGUCCAGGAGAUGGUCGCUCCUAAAUGCAGCAAAGCUGAUUGCGUUUGCAUCUUGACUGAUGGUAAAUCUUGCAUCUGUGUAUGCAAGAACAGCGAGGGAAAGAUUGUUCGAUGCGAUGACUGCAAGUGUGAUGGUUCUGGCAAGUGUGACAAGCCAGAAUGUGCUUGCAUCCCGAUUGAGGGAGCCAAGUGCAUUUGCGUCUGCUGUGAUGAGAAAGGAAACUUUAAGGUUUGCAAGGAUUGCACUUGUGGAAAACUAACUGUCUGCAAGGACUGUUCUUGCUGUGACAAGGACUGUGACAAAGAUUGUGUGUGUUUCUUGACACAGGGAAAACCUGUCAUUCGUGUCUGCAAGAAAGAUGUAAAAUUAGCAGUAUGCAAGGAUUUUCUGAAUGAUGAAGCUUGCAAGUGUGAGGAGUGCUGCGUGUUGAUUGGCACUCAUGGAAAGAAAUGCGUGUGUGUGUAUAAGGAUGAAAAUAAUCGUAUCGUUAUGUGCGACAAAUGUGACUGCGCAUAAUCACUAUUGUAAAACAUUCAUAUGUUUAAUGAUAAUAUUAUCACUAUGGUUACGGUUGUAUUUUUAGGUAAUCCAUGAUAAGAUUGUAUUGUUUUUUUUUUAUAAUUUUUACUCUGGUGAUGGGUGUAGGUGUGGGGCAUUUAAAAUAUUAUUGUAUACUUUUUAUCGUUUUAGUCUUUGUUUUGAUAUAUGUCUUUGACUUUUUUUGGA